AUGUCGUCAGACUACACUUAUGAUGAGCAGGGGCAAUUCUUCCCCUUCUUCAUCUUGACCUUGAGCGGCCUGGUCACGCUCCCUCUCACCUACAACCUCCUCCGACCGAGCAAAGAGCUUGAAAACACGGCUCCCCGCAUCAAGUCCGACUUCAAACCCGAACAUGCCGAUCUUGUCGAGGCGGAGAAGCGCAAGCGCCUGCGCAAGGAGCGCCGGAUCAAGCGCAUUGUUACUGUGAUUGUGGGCUACCUGGUCAUGGCAUGGAUGGUGUACCUCAUUCUUGUGACGGCCCGGACGGUCACCAAAUUAUAUGACCCAUAUGAAAUUUUGGGCGUCUCAAGGAGUGCCGAUGAAAGAGCUAUUUCCCGCCACUACAAGCGCCUUUCCCUCAUCUACCACCCCGAUAAAGUCCGUCCCGAUCCCGCCAAGAAUGAGACUAUGGAGAUGCUCAAUGAGCGCUUCGUAGAGCUCACCAAGGCAUAUAAAGCGCUCACCGAUGAAGAAAUUCGAAACAAUUAUCUUCAAUAUGGCCAUCCCGAUGGUAAGCAGAGCUUCAGCAUUGGUAUCGCUCUUCCCAAACUCAUUGUCAUGGAUGGCAAUGGAAAAUACGUGCUGUUGGUAUAUGGUGCUUUGUUGGGCGUUCUUCUGCCCUACAUUGUUGGGAAAUGGUGGUAUGGUUCUCAGCGCUACACCAAGGAGCGUGUUCUUGUCGCCAGCGCUGGUAACAUCUUCCGCGAGUACAAGGAGGACAUCCUGGACGGUGGCAUUGUCAACGCUCUCUCUUCUGGCGAUGAGUUCAAGGAGAUGCUCAAGGGAGCGCAAGCUGAAGCGGGUCUCGCAAAAUUGGAAAGGAAGGUUCUAGCUGAGGAAUCGACGUUCCUCUCUGCCAAGGACCGCGAAGCUAUCAAGCAAGUGGACAACUCCUCCCGUCGGAAGGCUUUGGCUUUACUGUGGGCGUAUCUCGGACGUAUCGAUCUUGGCGAUGCGACCCUUGAUGCAGAGAAAUACGAAGCUGCACCUAUCGCUCUAUCUCUAGGUGAGGCCUUCACGGCGAUCUCUUUGGCAUUUGGCAGCCUUCGCCCGAUUCUUGGUGCUUUCCAGGUCUCUCAGAACUUGAUCCAGGCUAUUGCUCCCGGUUCUUCGCCUCUCUUGCAACUGCCCAACUUUACCGAGUCGGUUGUCAAGUCCGUGGAAGGCGAGCACUCCAAGGAACACUGGACUGUUCAGAAGUUCAUGAGAUUGCCCGAGGAGGAGCGCCGCAAGGUUACUGUGGGUGCUGGUCUACUAUCCGAGAAGCAGUAUACGGAAGCUGUUACGGUGGCCCGUCAACUGCCCGCCCUGGAGGUUUCCAAGGCUUUCUUCAAGGUUAUGGGAGAGAAGGUCAUCACUCCUAGCAGUCUGGUACAGCUGGUUGUGAAGGCCCGACUCAUCCCGCCGGGUUGCACGCAGACGCCACAGGUUAACGAGCUCGACUUGGAGGACAUUGACCCUGAUGAGGAUGACCUGGACGCACUGAUGGGCCGCAAACCGGCCAAGAACCGAGCCACCAAGAUGGUCGAUGGCAAGAAGGUUGAGAACAAGAUUGAGACCAUUCAACCUCCCCUCGCAUAUGCUCCUUACUUUGCCCGCGACCACUCCCCUCGCUGGCAUAUCUUCCUGGCUGACGCCAAGCAAGGCAAGAUGGCCGUGCCUCCUUUCACAUUCACCACCUUUGACAAGCCGAUCCUCGAUGAGGAUGGCAAGCCCACAUUCAACGUGCAAACUCUCAAGAUGCAGUUCCAGGCGCCUCCACAGGUCGGCGACUUCACCUUCGUCAUGCACAUGGUCUGCGACAGCUAUCUAGGUCUGGACACGAAGAUGGAAAUUACCUUGCAUAUUGAUGACCCCGCCAAGGCGGCUGCCUUGGAAGAAGACGACGACAUCAGCGAACCGGAUGAGGACUCCAUCGCCGGUCAAAUGCAGGCGCUCAAGACUGGCCAGGCCCCCAAGCCCAAGAAGGCAAAGAAGCCUUCUGAGUCCGACAGCGAGGAAAGUGACACCGACGGCGACGCAGGCGAUACUAGCGACACCAAUACCGAGACGGAGGAUGAGGAUUAA